CAUCGAUAUCUCUUCCAAUUUAACCACCACACACACAAUCUCUCUCUCUCUCUCUCUCUCUCUCUUCACUCUGUCACGCAUCAAAGCAGUAGCUGUUCCCUCCACCCAGCAGUCGCAGCGCUGCUGCUUCUGCAGCCGCUGCAGCUUGCAGGGCUUUUUUUUCCUUCCCCGGAGCAGAUGUGUGGACUGAUCGAUCUCAACGCCGCUCACGACGGCGAUGAGACCGCGUCGUUCGAUUCUACUUCUCCUUCCUCCUCUGUUGCUGCUGCUGGUUUGGCGAUAGGUUCGUCGUCUUCGCACGUGUGCCUGGAGCUGUGGCACGCGUGUGCUGGGCCCCUCAUAUCCCUGCCGAAGAAAGGGAGCGUGGUGGUUUACUUCCCGCAAGGCCACCUGGAACGCGUCUCCGAGUCUCCGGCCGCGGCGUACGACCUCCCUCCUCACGUCUUCUGUCGUGUUCUCGAUGUCAAGCUCCAUGCGGAGGCGGCCACUGAUGACGUUUAUGCCCAAGUUUCCCUAAUUCCUGAUAUGCAGCAGAUUGAGCAGAAAUGGAGAAAAGGGGAAAUUGAUGCAGAAAGUGAAGAAGAUGACAUUGAAAGUGUUGCGAAGUCUACCACACCCCACAUGUUCUGCAAGACCCUCACUGCUUCUGAUACUAGCACACAUGGAGGUUUCUCUGUCCCUCGUCGGGCUGCGGAGGAUUGCUUCCCUCCCCUGGACUAUAAGCAACAAAGGCCUUCACAAGAGCUUGUUGCAAAAGAUUUACAUGGAACGGAGUGGAGGUUCCGGCAUAUCUACCGGGGUCAGCCUCGAAGGCACCUGCUUACUACUGGUUGGAGUGGAUUUGUCAAUAAGAAGAAGCUUCUCUCUGGAGAUGCUGUGCUCUUUCUAAGGGCUGGUGAUGGAGAAUUGCGAUUGGGAAUCCGAAGAGCUGCUCAAGUCAAAAGUGAUUCUCCCUUUACAGCUCUCUCUAGCCAGAAGUUGAAUGUCGGCAGUAUCAGUGUUGUGGUCAAUGCUAUAUCUACGUGUCGCAUGUUCAAUGUUUGCUACAAUCCAAGGGCUAGCUCAUCUGAGUUCAUAAUACCAUUCUGUAAAUUCUCAAAGAGCCUUGCUCAUUCUUACACUGUUGGAAUGAGGUUUAAGAUGCGUUUUGAAGCAGAAGAUGCAGCUGAGAGAAGGUAUACUGGCCUGAUUACUGGGGUUAGUGACUUUGAUCCUGUUAGAUGGUGUGGCUCAAAGUGGAGGUCCCUAUUGGUAAGGUGGGAUGAUCUAGACACUAUCCGACAUAACAGGGUCUCUCCAUGGGAAAUUGAGCCAACUGGUUCAGUUUCUGCAUCCGGCAGCUUGAUGGCACCUGGUAUGAAGAGGGCAAGGAUGGGUUUGCCUUCAACAAAACCAGAUUUUCUGGUUCCCAGAGAUGGGACAGGAGUGUCGGACUUUGGGGAAUCUUUGAGGUUCCGGAAGGUCUUGCAAGGUCAAGAAAUGAUGGGUUUGAUAUCACCUUACGAUGGUGUUGAUGUUCAGAGUCAUCACCCAUCAGAAAUAAGGAGGUGCACUCCUUUUUCUGAUAAUUCAAGGAUAUCGGCAACAGGAAAUUCUGCAAUUUCCUUUGAAACCACAGGCUUUGGUGAAUCGCUUAGAUUCAAUAAGGUCUUGCAAGGUCAAGAAACAGUUUCAGGGUCUGGAAGAGGCCUCUUUGCUAACACGGUACAUUCAAACAUGGCGCAAGGAAUCACUGAUUGUGUUCGAGCUUCAACCUCUUGGAAUGGAUGGUCUCGCCUAAUGCAGGGUUGUAAUACUUACCACAGCCCCUCUGCCCAACCAUUACAGGUGUCAUCGCCUUCUUCUGUGCUAAUGUUCCAGCAAAACCGCAUUCCGACAACAUUCCAUAUUAAUCUAGCGGAUAAUAAUGAGUUUGGCAACCAGGUUUCGUCCUCUAGGUCCGUGAAAGAUGGUGGGAACCUCACAUCAUCUAGGAAGGAAUACCCUCAAGGUGUUGAUUCGGAUGGUCAUCUGAAAGAACGUAAUAAUCAACUGGGUAUCUCAUGUUCUACUUUCACAACUCAUUCAUCAUAUAAGGGCAAUCAAGAUUUAGUCAUGGCUUGUAAAAGUAGCUGCAGACUGUUUGGUUUUCCCUUAACCGAGGAAAGAAAUGCCGUAAGUAAUGAUUUCAGUCCCAAUCAAGUUUCGUCUUGUGAGGAGCGUUUGCUUCCGAAGCCUCCUCCGGUGAGUAAGAUAGUUGGGAGCAGUUGUACUAAAGUAAGCGACCUCUAUGCCAUUAGAGACACCCUUCUUGAUAUUGCAUUGUAGUUUGUUUUUGUGUUGUACUAUAAGAACUUGAAAAUGGGGAGAGAGUUGUUGCAAUGGCAAAUGAACUCCCCAACUUCAUAGGCUCAGUGAUCUGAUUUCGAAGCAGUAGUUGGUAACUAGGGAUUUGAAAGAGGGUUUUGACUGGUUUGGUGAAUUGUUAUAACUUGUUCACGAGGAUUGCGAGGAUGAUUCGUUGCUGGUUGACGAUUUUGUUUCGCAUAUUCUCAGCUAUGUUUUGCAGGAAACACGGUGAUGUUUUCCGGUAGUGAAUUGUUGGAAGAUCAGCUUGGUACUGUGUAGAAUUUCUCAGCCUAUGAAUAGAUCUUGUAACUAUGCUUGUGAGUUGUGGCUUAACUCUCCUCUAUGGGUAAGAAAAAUUGUACUCUAUGGGUGAGAAAAAUUGUAGUUGAUUUCCUAUGAUUUUCUGACAGUAGUCUUAACUUGGUAAACAAACUGCUUAGACAUAAUGAAACAGUUAUUUGUCUAUCCA